UUCACCGCGACUGCCACAAGAGAGCUGAAGCACUUCAACUACCACCCGAACCCCUCCUUCAACAAUCUCACCAAGAACAUCAUCACAGACAGCGUCAUCAUCGUCACCGGUCGAGGUUUCUCCAAGGCCAUGACAGCCAAAGAGGCGCAGGCGUUUGUCGGGGAUGCAUCGUGUCACGUUAACAUCCUGCAGGAUGAUAAGUUGAUCCUGGAGGCUCCUUCAACUCAGCCCAAAGCCAAAACCAAACCCAAAACCAAACGGCAGCGUAGAGACACGGCCAACGAACCGCUGGAGCUGGUGGUUCAGUUUGGUAACGGCGAGUGGAUCGUGGGCUCGGUGUAUUACGCCACCAAAGACGACAUCCCUCUGGCUAUAAUCAUCCCUGCGGUGAUCGUACCUAUGCUGCUCUUCAUCGCCAUCUCCGUCUACUGCUACAGGAGGAAGAGUCAGCAGGCAGAGCGAGAGUACGAGAAGGUGAAACACCAGCUGGAGAAUCUGGAGGAGAGCGUCCGAGAUCGCUGCAAGAAAGAGUUCACAGAUCUGAUGAUAGAAAUGGAGGACCACACCAGCGAUGUGAGCGAGGCCCGGAUCCCCUUCCUGGACUAUAAAACCUACACCGACAGAAACUUCUUCCUGCCCUCGAAGGACGGUGCCAACGACGGCAUGAUAACCAGAAAACUACAAAUCCCAGAAGCCCGCAAGGCCAUCGUGGCCCAGGCGCUUAACCAGUUCUCUAACCUGCUGAACAGCAAAACUUUCCUCAUCAAUUUCAUCCGCACGUUGGAGAGCCGUCCAGACUUCAACGCCCGGGCUCGUGGUUAUUUCGCCUCCCUCCUGACGGUGGCGCUGCACGGUAAGCUGGAGUAUUACACGGACAUCAUGAGGACGCUGCUGCUGGAGCUGAUGGACGAGCACGUGCAGAACAAAAACCCCAAACUCAUGCUGAGGAGGUCGGAGACGGUGGUGGAGAGGAUGCUCUGUAAUUGGAUGUCCAUCUGUCUCUAUCAGUUCCUUCGGGACACAGCAGGAGAGCCUUUGUACAAACUCUUUAAGGCCUUGAAGCAUCAGGUGGAGAAAGGUCCGGUCGAUGCCAAGAUGAAGAAAGCCAAAUACACUCUGAACGACACGGGGCUGCUGGGAGACGACGUGGAGUACUCUGUGCUGACUCUGCAGGUGUUGGUGCACGGAGAGGGACCAGAUGACCCGGUGAAGGUGCUGAACUGUGACUCCAUCACACAGGUGAAAGAGAAGAUCAUCGAUCAGGUGUACAGAAAUCUGCCGUACUCACAGAGACCAAAGGUGGAGAGUGUUGCACUGGAAUGGCGUCCUGGCUCCACCGGUCAGAUCCUGUCCGACCUCGACCUGACGUCGCAGAAAGAAGGACGCUGGAAGAAACUGAACACUCUGGCUCAUUACAACGUCCGGGAUAACGCCACGCUGGUUCUGUCCAGAGUUUUGCACACGCAGUCCUUCCACCAGCACCAAGACAGCUACGAAGAGAAAAACGCUCUGCUUGAGGACGAUAACACCUUCCACCUGGUGAGGCCGACGGACGACAUCGACGAGGUGAAGUCGAAGCGAGGCAGCAUGAAGGACAAGGCGAUGACCAAAGCCAUCACAGAGAUCUACCUGACCAGACUGCUCUCUGUCAAGGGUACGUUGCAGCAGUUUGUGGACGAUUUCUUCCGCAGCGUGUUGUGUUCGGGCUCCGUCGUUCCGCCCGCCGUCAAAUACUUCUUUGACUUCUUGGACGAACAGGCGUUGAGACACGACAACGUGGAUGAGGAGACGCUGCACAUCUGGAAGACUAACAGCUUGCCUUUGCGGUAUUGGGUAAACAUCCUGAGGAACCCUCACUUUAUUUUCGACGUGCACGUAACGGAGGUGGUGGACGCUUCGCUGCACGUCAUCUCUCAGACCUUCAUGGACGCCUGCACCAAGACGGAGCACAAACUCAGCAGAGAGUCUCCAAGCAACAAGCUGCUCUAUGCAAAAGAGAUUUCAACGUAUAAGAAGAUGGUGGAUGAUUAUUACAAGGGCAUCCGACAAAUGGUUCCAGUAAGUGACCAGGACAUGAACACACACCUUGCUGAGGUGUCCAGGCAACACACAGAGAAGUUGAACACCCAGGUGGCCUUACAUCAGCUGUACCAGUACGCCAGCAAGUACUACGAUGUGAUCAUCCAGUCGCUGGACGAUGACCCAGCAGCCCAGAAUAAACAGCUCACCCUGCGCCUGCAACAGAUCGCCGCCGCCCUGGAGAACAAGGUCACUGACCUUUGACCUCUGACAUCAUGGAGGGGUCAGGGGGGAGGAGCUUUUGGCUACUGAAACACAGGAUGUUGUUUUCCAUUCAAAGACUCAGAGGAGGAAGAGCUCAUGGACUCUGCUGAAAGUUUGACGAUGUAGGGAUGUAAGUGGGAGGAGCUAGCGGAGCCACAGGAAACUGUUGACCACAUAAGGACUGCAGGGGGAGGAGUUUUUGGACUUGAAGAAAUGAAGUGUUAAAAUAUACUUAGCGUGGUGGAAGCGCUUGUAUGGCUUACUUCCACUUUGCAUCCCAAAACAAAUACCGAGGAGGGAUGCAAAAUGGUGACCAUUAAAUGGCUGCAAAUGGGAGCUCUGUGAAAACAAAGGGUUAUUUUUUAAUCGAAGCUCGGGCUUUAGGUUUGUCAAAUCCUCAUUCCUAGCUGUUUCUGUGUUUGGCCUCUGUAUACUGCAAAUUUUAAGUUUAAAGAUCCAAGGACUGAAGAAAAAAAGGGCCACACGAGAAAUGAAGAUUUUUGGAUAGUUGAAGAGUAUACGUGAAGUAAUGAGACGUUCCUAAAUGUUUUUCUCUUUGUCACUCAAAAUCUUUCUGGAAGUCCAAAUUGGAGGUACAGCUUCUCCAGGACGCUUUGCGACCACUUCUUCCACAUUGUGUUACAACAAAGUCUAUGAACUAAUAACGUAAGGCUAAUUUGCCUCAUCUGAGGUCAGUGUUUCUCCAGAAUAUCGCAUCUUUUUAGAACAAGUACAGAACGCAGAGAAUCCCACAGCAUGAGGUUGGAUGUAAUUUGACCUCCAAUAAUCGACCAAUGAUAACCCACUAUACGGUACACGCCACUGGCCCAUCAGGGGUCCUGGUUUAUCAUGACGGCACAACUAAGGAGAGUGAAUUCAGGGUACGGAGUCUACAAAUCAUGGCCAAAUGUUGUUUUUCAUAUCAGAUUGUCUUUCUACGCUGAUGACACUGUGUAGUUUGUUUCAUAUUCGCUAUGUGCAGGCUUUACGCAGAGGCUUUGCAUUUAAAAUCACAACAUGAAAUUCAUCUUUUUAUUGGACUGAUACAGUGCCACUUAGUUUUUUUAUUUCUGUAAAGUGUUGAUCACGGUUGUCCAUGAUGUCAUAUCCUGUGUGUGUGUAAGUGCGAGUGUGUGUUAAUGAUACAGCUUAAUUACCAGCUUGUUUUUACUUGGUGGCCUACUAUCAUGAGGUCUGCAGACACUAAAGUGUUUUAGUUUUUGGUUUUAUAACCGGUAUGAUUUUUAAUUCUUUAGCAGUCAUAAAACACAUAUUUCACUAUCUUCAUGAGGUCUGUUUUAUCACAUAGUAGCGGGUUUAUUUCUGGCUUUGCUAUGAAGCUGCGCAAACCCUGUCGAAGAAAUCGAUGUGAGGGAAAACUUGUGAAUCGAAGUCCUGCAACAGUCUUUGGGUUUAAGUGCCGUUACACCACUGAAGUGUAAUUUCUUUCCUCCUAUGCUACAUAUUAAUCAUUGUCACCAUAAAAUAAUCAUAUAUUUACGUUAUUCUUUGCCUUCUGAGCCCAGACGACGUGCUUUAUGUAGAGCUUGAGUUGAUAUCAAAGAUUAGAUAUACUCUUUUGCAAGUUGGAGGAUUAAAUCUCCUGGCCUUCUGGGAAUGGGAGAUUUCUGCUGCAGAAGCUUCUUUUUUGUUUGUCUGUUAAAAGAUUUAUCGAUUCCUUCAAGUCUCACAAACUGCAUCUUUAAAUUCUGAAGCAAUAUGUCUUUAAAGGCCGGUGCUGUAUCUUUGUACUUCUUGAACUUGUGAGGGCGUACUGCAAGGUUCUGACCAGAAUUUGGUACCACUAAAUCCCCAGAUACAAAGACUGAAAUAAACACAUCUUAGCUGUUUUAAUUUGUUUUUUUUUUCUAAGCCUUUUUUUUGGCAUCUCUGUCAUAAAAUUUGUUCUGAAAGCCACUUUAGUGCCAAAUAAUGUUGAGAAACGAUCCUGUGUGUUGUCAUUUGAGUUGUAUGUUUGAAGAGUUCAGAGAUAAGAUGAACAGUUUAUUAGUAUAUUAAAACACCUGGUGGUACUUUUAUUCAAGAAUGGUUGGAUUUUUUUUUUUUUUUUUUGAGGUUCUGAUGCUCAUAAAUCAGAAGAUGCUUUGCUUGCAUUCACCAGCUUUCAAAGUAAACUGCUGAAUCUGCUUUUGAUGUUUGGACCUUCAAAUGGAAAAAUUAUUGUCAUAUUGUGUUUCUGAUGCAAAGCUCGAGUUUCUACUUACUCUACUUACUCAUCUGUACAAUAUGAUGCAUUCGAUUCAAAUGGCUCUAUCUCCAGUUCGUCUCCAACACUAGCUGCUUCCUGCCUUCUUUUUGCCACCAUCGCAGUGCCUUAAAGAGUAGAACUGAAAGUACUGUAGUUUGGAAAGCAUCAAACCAAAAAAUAGUGAUAAUAAUUAUAUAUAAAUUAUAGAUGAGUUCCUGCAUGGUUGUGGUUUCUAAACUGGAAGGUCAAAAUGGAAAACAAAAGUCAAUGUCACAAAGUUUUGUUUUUUUAUAGAAAGUGAAGUCUGUACUGUUUAAUGUUUUUACAGCUUACAGAAAAUAAAUUUCCCCAUAGCCGUGCAACGAUCAAGAUGGAUCACCUAGCAGACAUAACGAUGAAGCUAACUUUCAUUUAGCGGUCACCAACCAUCAAAUUAUUCUUAAUAUAUCGAAUUCCAUGUUUAAACCUAAUGGAUUUUAAGAGCACAGUACAAUCCUGAGAUCUAGCUCUAUGACCUAGCUAAUUAUAGAGCAAGCUAAUGUUUUGAGUUACAGACGUUAGCAUAAGUCAGCACAAGAGUAAAAUUUAUGCUAAUUUAUGCUAACGUCUGUAACUCAAAACAUUAGCUUGCUCAGUGCUUUCUCCUUUUCAACAUUUAAAUCCUUUCUUCUAGCAAGCAUUUUUUUUUGGGAACUGCUAAAUUCCACAUCACCAGUGUUGAGAAUUGUGUUUCCAAACCACUGACCUAGCACGCUAACGUACGAAUCGCAGAUGGUGGAAAGUUUUGUCGGGCACAGAUCUGUCAGAAGUGUUGUUUUAACUGACGCACAGUUACGUUAUCUGUAUAUUUCCCAUUAUCCAGAGAAGUUUAUUAAAUGUUUGGAGAAUCGAACCUGCAUAUGUGAAGUUUAGACGAGUGGUUUUAAAGGUACAAGAAAGUUUAAAUGUGUAAUGAUUGGAUGUCGGAUCAGCCGAGGGAACAACUUUCACUUUAUGUAGAUUUAUUUGUUCGCUGUGUGUGUUUUAAUGGUGUAUUACUGAAUACAUUUGUUUUAUGAGGCACAAGUACACAACAUGUUUGAGAGGUUUUGACCAACACCACGAGGGUCAGAUGGGACUUUAUACCAUUGUAUAACAGUUUGUACAUCAAAUACAACUUUCCCAUUGUUUACUCUUGUAACAUCGUCGUAGGCAACAAGUGGUUUGAAUCGACUGGACCAAGUGUGGACUUUUGACACGGACAAAAAACAGCACUACAAGGAACCAGGAAGCAACUGGUCUGAACUGGACUGGAGCCCAAAUCGGUGACUCUUCUGAGGAAGUAGAGAAGUGGGCAAGACGUCCAGCUCUAGGAAGUCCAAAUAUCCAAUAAAAAGAUGUUUGUAUAAAAAUGAA